CUCAUUAAUUACAUUACUUUCUACCAUCAGUCUAAAUGUGGGUGUUUUGCAAACACUCUCACAGGAAACUAUGUUUCAGUUAACCAUAUAUUUAAAAUUGAUUGACCAGUACUGGACAACUGACCACAUCUCGACCAAACGGCACCAAUUAUGAUGACCCCGACCUUAAUUGAGUUUUAUUUAUACUUAAUGUCUGCCAAUCAUAUAUUUAUGAAUGUGUCUCUUCUGGAGGGAGGUAUCGAUGCCAUCGCCGUUGACACUCGUAAAUUUCAUAUGAUCUUCGUAUUCAAAGGCCGACAGUUUUUGGUACUCGACGAAAGGGCAGCGGUCAUCAAAAAGGGAGAGACGGGUAACGUGUUUGGCGGACAGCUGGCCGACGGCGUCGACGCCGCUAUGAUUUUACACAACGAUAAUUACGACGACUUUUUUCAUCACGAUUUUCUAUUUUUAUUUAAAGGUGACAAUAUCUGGCGAUAUGUUGUAUACCGUUUCGGCUCCGAUCAGCUAAUAAUAUAUAGCAUAGAAGACAUGACUAUAAAAUUGACACAAAUUCAUCCCAAACUACCGGACAGUAUUGACGGCGCCUUUUCUGACAAGAAUUAUAUCUAUUUAUUUAAGAAUAAGACUCAAUAUAGGGUUAAAAAUGAUAAUUUCCCGCGAACAGUGGCCGUGAGUGGGCUAACCAUUCACCAAGAGCUGGACGGACUGAUCCCGAGGAAAGAGGUGGUCAUUUCUACUAUAUUGGACCGAUUGGUAUACGAGACACUGGCUUUUGGCACAUAUGUGAUGGGAAAACGGUCUCAGUAUUAUUGGUUAUUAUUAGUCGGUUACAAACGGGUAGUCAAUACAAUGACCCGCGCGGACAGCGCCGGCUCUUUUGUCAUAUGA